AGAAAGGGAGCAAAAAAAUCGUGAAACACCAAUCCAAGAAGUUGUAGCCCAGUGUGCCAUAAUCCGACACCCUCACAUGCAAAGGGUUUGGCAAUUUUUUCAGCUGCAUCGCAUGAAUUACUCAUCACAUAAUAUUUAUCAUCAUCCCUUAAUUGAAACCGUACCCUUUUAGUUCAGUGUUGCCCUUUAAAUCACCCAUCCCCUUCAUCUCAACUCCUCCUCCUUUCUUCCUUUUCUUCUCUUUCAAUGCCUCCACUUCUCUUCUUCACCUUCUUCUCUCUCUUAAUCUCGACUUCAGCGGCCACAAAGGCCGGCCAUGGCUACAAGCUAAUUUCCAUCGAAGAGUCACCAUAUGGGGGGCUCAUCGGACGCCUGAAAGUGAGGCAACCAACCACAACCUACGGCCCUGAUGUCCCCAACCUAUUACUCUAUGUAAAGCACGAGACUGAAAAUCGCUUGAGGGUUCACGUUACAGAUGCGGACCACGAAAGAUGGGAGGUCCCUUACGAGCUUCUCCCCAGAGAGAAGCCCCCAACUCCAUCAUCUUCUCUCUCUAGAAAAGACGGCUCUUUUGUGCUCCCUUCUUCUGAAUCUCUCUCUUCUUCCUCUUCCCCGAACAAUCUCAUCUUCUCCUACGUCUCUAACCCCUUUGGCUUCUCUGUUAAACGAAAAUCCAAUGGAGAAACACUUUUUAAUUCCUCUUUCGACAGUAUGGUCUUCAAGGACCAGUAUCUUGAAAUCUCUACCGACCUACCUGAAAAUUCCAAUCUCUAUGGUCUUGGGGAGAAUACACAACCCAAAGGAAUAAAGCUUCAGCCAAAUGAUCCAUACACACUAUACACGACCGAUAUAUCGGCCAUUAACUUAAACAGUGAUUUGUAUGGGUCUCACCCAUUUUACAUGGAUUUGAGGAAGGGCCCAAAUGCUCAUGGUGUUCUUCUGCUAAAUAGCAAUGGAAUGGAUGUGUUUUACCGUGGCUCUUCUCUAACAUACAAAGUUAUUGGGGGUAUUUUCGAUUUCUACUUCUUUGCCGGGCCAACCCCAUUAGCGGUUGUGGACCAACACACAUCCUUGGUUGGGCGACCUGCACCCAUGCCCUAUUGGACUUUUGGUUUCCAUCAGUGCCGUUGGGGGUACAAAAAUGUGUCCGUGGUGCAGGCAGUGGUUGAGGGCUACGACAAUGCCCGCAUCCCCCUGGACGUCAUCUGGAAUGAUGACGACCACAUGGAUGCUGCAAAGGACUUCACCCUUGACCCGGUGAACUACCCCCCCUCAAAGCUUCAACCAUUCCUCAAAUCCAUCCAUGGCAGUGGUCGCAAAUAUGUUGUUCUGAUCGACCCCGGGAUCGCAGUUAACGCCUCUUAUGGCACUUACAGCCGUGGAAUGGCCCAAGAUGUGUUCAUAAAAUAUCAUGGCCAGCCUUACCUAGCCCAAGUGUGGCCAGGGCCUGUCUAUUUCCCCGACUUCCUCAAUCCGAAGACCUCUACUUGGUGGGCAGAUGAGAUUGCCCGAUUCCAUCAGAUUGUGCCUGUUGAUGGCCUAUGGAUUGACAUGAAUGAGAUCUCAAACUUUUGCUCGGGUCUGUGUGAGAUCCCGAAGAACAAGCCUUGCCCGGGUCCUGGUGUAGUAUGGACAUGUUGCCUUGACUGCAAGAACAUCACUGACACACGAUGGGAUGAUCCCCCGUAUAAAAUCAAUGCUUCAGGAACGAAGGUACCGAUUGGAUACAAGACCAUUGCUACGAGCGCUGUCCACUAUAAUGGUGUGCUUGAGUACAAUGCACACAGUCUCUAUGGCCUCUCACAGGCCAAGGCCACACAGAAGGCCCUGCAAGGCCUUGAGGGGAAGCGACCCUUCGUGUUAACUCGCUCUACUUUUGUGGGCUCGGGCAAAUACGCGGCCCACUGGACUGGUGAUAACCAAGGAACAUGGGAGAACUUGCGAUACUCGAUCUCGACCAUGCUCAAUUUUGGCAUAUUUGGUAUGCCGAUGGUCGGUGCUGACAUAUGUGGGUUCUACCCUGACACGACUGAAGAACUUUGUAAUAGAUGGAUUGAGCUUGGUGCCUUCUACCCCUUCUCCAGGGACCACGCAAACUACUACUCAAAGCGACAGGAGCUCUAUCAGUGGGAAACCGUUGCUGAGUCGGCUCGCAAUGCUCUGGGCUUACGUUACAAACUCCUCCCUUAUUUCUACACCCUCAAUUUUCUAGCUCACACAACAGGUGCCCCUAUCGCAAGGCCAGUCUUCUUCUCAUUCCCCGAUUAUGGCGAGAGCUAUGGCCUAAGCACCCAGUUCUUGCUAGGCUCUGGCGUGAUGGUCUCACCGGUUCUCAAGAAGGGCGCAUCACAUGUGUGUGCUUUAUUCCCCCCUGGCACAUGGUACAGCCUCUUCGACAUGACACGAGCUGUCGUUUCCAAGGGCGGGUACGUGACACUCGAUGCCCCAUUGAACACUGUGAAUGUGCAUCUCUACCAAAAUAUGGUGUUACCAAUGCAAAGAGGAGGGAGGACUUCGAAGGAAGCGAGAGCCACACCAUUCCACCUAGUAGUUAGCUUCCCUGCGGGUGCAGAGAGUAGUGGGGCCGAGGGAGAGCUCUACUUGGAUGACGACGAGAAGCCAGAAAUGGGGUUAGGAAGGGGAACAGCAACACAUGUUAAGUUUUACGCUAGCAUUGGCGAUAUGAAGGUUAGAAUUUGGUCAGAUGUGGAGGAAGGAGAGUUUGCAGAGAGCCUGGGAUUAGUCAUCGAAAAAGUAACGGUGCUCGGGGCACCUAGUGGUGCUGGAAAGAGUACUUCCAUAAUGGUAGGCGGAGAGACGUUAAGUGACAUGCAUGUGAAAAUUUCGGAAAUGAGCCAUGUGGCUAAUGUUGAUGAGGAAGUGGAGGAGGAGGAGGGGGAGGGAGAGAGUGGCGGUGGGAAGGCGAAGAGGGGGAUGGUGGUGGAGGUGGGUGGGUUAGCCUUGCCCUUGGGGAAGAAGUUUGACAUGUCAUGGCAGAUGGAGAUUGCUAAGUGAAGAGAGUGAUUCUACAGAGUGUUCGGUUCUGGUUUUUGUUUAAUGGGUUGUUAUUUUUUUCUUUUGAAAGGCAGGUCAAAAGAGGACUUGCUUGCAAAAAUAUAGACUACUCUAAAGAAGGGGAAUAAGAGAUAGAUAUAGCGUUUCUUUUACUAGUUACGAGGAAAAUGGUCUUGCAAAAAUCAUGGUUAAUAUGAGGAAGCGACCUGGAUCUUAUUUCUUCUCGACACAAA